GUGUCUGAGUUGUUAAUCUGUUAUGACAUAAAAAGAAAAAGGAAGUUGAAAAACAAUCGUAUCUGGUCUGAAAGCCACCUUGUUAAGUUAUAUAUAGACCACUGAGCAGUGAAGUUAUAUUGUUGUUUUAAGUUUGUCUGAGUUUAAUGCUCAUCUUUCAUUUAUUUAAUUUUGUUCUGGACCUGUUAUGUUUGUUUUUUAUUUGUUAUGCUAAAAACGUUUGGUAAUAAUAAUAAUAAUAAAAAAAAAAAAAAAAAAACAAAAAAACGAAGAAAACGGAAGUACUGAACCUGCUCUUAAACUGGUGCACUUUCUCUGGGACUUCACUUUUUCACAAUGGCUACUUUUGUAACAUUCUUUUUUAUCUGUGCUGGACUCUCUGGCAUCAACAGUUUAGAGACAGUUGGUCAUAUAAUGAUAGAAGCUGAAGGCACUGUCCACAUCCCAUGUCAUUAUGAGGCAGCGUACACAGAUCACGUGAAAUAUUUGUGCAGGGAUGCUUCUUGGAACAACUGCAAAACUAAAAUCCGUUCAAAGGACAAAAAUUCAACAAAGUAUUCUAUUUAUGAUGACAAAGUUCAAAGAAUUGUUACCUUUACUGUUAAGAAUCUAGAACUGAAUGAUUCUGAUGUUUAUUGGUGUAUAAUUGAAAAAGCAGGAACAGACGAUGGUAAGACCUUUCGACUGUCAGUCACCAGAAAAGCUGAAUCAAACUUGUCUGUGGAUUCUCAGUGGGUUUUAGGAUACUUCGAUGACCAAAUAACUAUUCAAUGCAAGUGCAAUGGUUCUGAUCAAAAAACGUGGUGCAGAUUUGGUGGUCGUUGCAUACAUACAUCUGGAAUAUUAAAUAAGGCACAGAUAAGCAUAGACACUCGUGACGCUGGGGUGUUUGCCGUUACCAUGACUGGACUGAAGGCUGAUGACAUUGGCUGGUAUUGGUGUGGCUUCGGAGACCUGCAGAUGCCUGUGUUUUUAGAUCUAACUAUAAGGCCAACCACUAUUACAUCUAUUCCUGAACCUGGAAGCAUAAGUAUGUCUGAUACCCUUAUAGCAGCUGCCAUUGCACUGGGUUUGCUGAUUCUUAUUAUAAUAGUAUCACUGGUUGCCUGGUGCACACUGAAGAGAAAAAUGAAAGAGACUAAGGGCAAAUCGUCAUCAUCUCCAGAGUGUGUAGAUAACCCUGUAUAUAGUAAUGUCACAACAAAGCAAGCAUCACACCAGAAUACAGAUGCUGCCAAAGAUGAUGAAGUAUUGUAUAACAGUGUGACUUUCAUGAAACGGCAAUGUUCAAAAGAGGUUGCAGUUACAGAAGAGGAUGUCUUGUACAGCACAUUGGCUCAACGAUAAUGACUGUAACCUGCUGAUUCUGAUCUGUAGCACAAACAGUGACAAACUAUCAGCAUAUUUAUCAAUAGACUAGUCAUGUCUUGUCUGGUACUUUUAUGUGGCCCAAUGAUCCUGAAAGGAAAGCUGCUAACAUUUGUAAGCUCUAUAGUGUUUAAGGCUAUUUAAGGUUUGCAAAUAUUACAUUAUAAUUUAUAUAUAUUAAAUGUAGGCUAUUGGUUUGGUUUUGCAUGUGGGGUAUGUUAAUACCAUAAACUGUAAAAAAAAAAAACAAUAUAUACGGUUUAUGGUUAAUAUAGGUGUUGCUUUAUUUUAUAAAUAUGGUAUUAGUGAUUCAUUGUGUGUAUAUUUGCCCUGUUGCUCACUCAGACUCUUGUGCAAGCAAUUCCAGUGUUGUGUAUAAUAAAUUGAUAUACUCUG